GGGGGCGGGCACAAGGCGCUUGGAGAACCCAGUAAUCCGAGAAUGCAACCCCAGCCCAUCCCACCAGGCACUUCCUUCCUUUUCCCGAACGUCCAGGGAGGGAGGGCCGUACAUUUAUAAACUCCAGCCCCAGCUGGGACCCGACAUGUCAGAGGCCGCCUAACCAGGACUCUGCGCCGCAGCCACAAGUGUUUGGGCUGGGAUCGACGCGAGCGGCUGUCACCGGAGGUGUCUCUCUCUCCGCGCCGGAUUCGGAUUCAGUCACAGCCCUCGAGCCUUCUCUGGAGCUUGCAAGCAGCGCCGCACAGGGCAGUAUGCUCGGGGUUCUCCUUCUGGGCGUGUUGGCUCGGGCUGGUCUGGGGAGCUCAGGACCCAUAGAACCUCAGCCUAGCGGCAGCCAGUGCAUAGAACACGACUGUUUCGCACUUUUCCGGGGCCCGGUGAACUUCUUGGCUGCCAGACAGGCCUGCGAGCGGCUUCAAGGACACCUGAUGACCGUGCGCUCCACCGUAGCCGCAGAUGUCAUCUCGCUGCUGCUGAGCGGCGACAGCAGCGUGGGCCCCGACCUCUGGAUCGGUCUGCACCUUCCACUGGGCUGCAAUGUCCCCUGGGAUCUGGGGGCUCUGCGCGGCUUCCAGUGGGUUACAGGCGAUAACCACACCAGCUACAGCAGGUGGGCGAGGCUCGACGACGACGGGGCGCCAGUGUGCGGCCCGCUGUGCGUCACCGUGUCGGUGGCAGCGGCCUCGGUGAACGGCGAGCCGACCUGGGAGGAGCGCCAGUGCGAGGCGGAGGCCGACGGCUUCCUCUGCGAGUUCCACUUCGAAGCCUACUGCCGGCCGCUGGAGGCGAAUCCCCGAAACCAGGUGGCCGCCCCGAUCUCCAGCACCUACAUCACCCCGUUUGGGGCCCGCAACGCGGACUUCCAAACGCUUCCCGUGGGCAGCUCCGUGGUGGUGGAGCCCCUCGGCUUGACGUUGGUGUGCUCGCUGCCAUCUGGCGCUGCGGCGGGGCGCUGGAGUCGCGAGGCACCGGGCGCCUGGGACUGCGGUGUGGAGAACGGUGGCUGCGAGUACGCGUGCAAUACCAGCGUGGGGACACCCAGCUGUUUCUGCCCGGACCACCUGGACCUGCAGGCAGAUGGGCGCUCCUGCUCGGUAGCCCCCACGCAAAAGUGCACCGACCUCUGUGAGCACUUUUGCAUCAACAACGCCGCCGAGCCAGGCUCCUACACGUGUAUGUGCGAGACCGGCUACAAACUGGCAGCGGAUCAGCACCAGUGCGAGGACGUGGACGACUGCAUGAUGGUACCCAACCCGUGCCCGCAGCGCUGUGUCAACACCAAGGGGGGCUUCGACUGUCUCUGCUACGAGGGUUAUGAGUUGGUGGACGGAGAGUGCGUGGAGCUCUUGGACCCGUGCUUCGGAUCCAAUUGUGAGUACCAGUGCCAGCCUGUGAGCCCAACUGAGUACCGCUGCAUCUGCGCCGAGGGCUUCGCGCCCAUCCCUCAGAAGCCGCACCUGUGCCAGAUGCUCUGCAACCAGACGGCGUGUCCCGCGGACUGCGACCCCUACAACCCCAACCACUGCCAGUGCCCCGAAGGCUUCAUCCUGGACGAAGGUUCUAUGUGCUCAGACAUCGAUGAGUGUAGCAACGGGGAGUGCCGCAAAGGGGAGUGUCGCAACCUCCCCGGCUCCUUUGAAUGCCUCUGUGGGCCCGACUCCCCCUUCGCCGGCCAGAUCAGCACCGACUGUGACCCCAUCGUUGUGAGUAACAAGGGCGAUGAUGACGGCUCUGGGGAGCCCCCGUUCAGCACCAGAAUGCCUGCCUCCACCUUGAGACCCCCUUCCGCAGGGGCCGUGCAUUCAGGCGUGCUCAUUGGCAUCUCCAUCGCCAGCCUAUCCCUGGUGGUGGCCCUUUUGGCGCUCCUCUGUCACCUGCGGAAGAAGCAGAGCACUGCGCAUGCGGAGUUGGAGUACAAGUGUGGGUCACCUGCCAAAGAAGUCGUGCUGCACAACGUGAGGACUGAGCAGGUGCCGCAGAAACUCUGAAGUGGUCUUCCCUCUAGGGGUCCAGAUGGGGCCCUGGUCUGUCCUUCCUUCUAGAGACUUUCUCUUCUCCCUGACCCCCAGUUUUUUUUUUUUUUUUUUUUUUUUGGCCAGUC